GAACGUGUUAGUACAGCGAAAUCGGUACAAACGCCAAACUGAAGUAAAACCAAGAACUGAUACGACACAGUAAAACGUUAUGAAUUGUACCAAAACCCUGCGUCUCUACCUCCUAGUACUUGGUUCUCUCUCACAUGGAAUCUUGUGUGAAGCAGGUAAUGCCACGCAUGCGUUAAUGGGAACAUCAACAACUGAUCCCACAGAAAAACCUACAAUACAUCUCAGCCCAAGGCCUAUAGCCUCAGUAGAAAUCGGCCACCCCUUGAAACUGACCAUGAAUAUAUUAUCGGAUAUAUCAACUUCAUGGCGCCUCGAGUGGUCAAAAAGUAACACUGGUGUAAAUGGUCUUGGGUCGGUCACGUCCUUUCAAAUCACAACGUGUCAGGAGAGCGCUAGGAUGUCGGACGCAUGUCUGCUGAAUUCAACACUGGUACGGUUUUAUGUUAACAAUGCGAAUCACGGAGACGUCAUCUACUGUGCUGUUUUUAUACCAGGGAGCUGGACCUCUGACCAGACUAGGCUCACCACUUUUACUCGGGUAUAUGUCUACGUGCCCGUGGAAUCUGUUCGUCUGCAAAGUUCAUCUGGAGAAAUCUCUGAAGGCCGACUGAUAGUGAAAGAGGGAGACAAUUUCACGUUACAAUGUGACACAUCAUUAAGUCGCCCGGCGGCUACCAUUUCAUGGAUCAAAGACUCUGUAGACACAUCCUGGGCAGGCAGCAAGCCAACCGUAUCAAACAUCGAUGGUUUGUUCUGGACUUCCCAAACCCUAACAAUAUUGGCUGAGCGGGACCACAGAUCGGCGAAGACUUUCAUAGUUUGUAAUGCUGUUAACGGCAAAUCAAACGCCACAUCUUCUACACUUGAAAUCAUCACACUGAGUGAGUACCGACAGCCUUCUACAGUGACAAUCGAGCACUACCCUGUACUGAGACCUACCCCUGUUUCUGUGGAUUACUUGAACAAGGCGGAUGUAAGAUUGAGUUGGAGUAUCGAACCUGAGUCACUGUACCGUGUAAGUUUUGACAUGGUGAUUGUUCCGGACACAGCUGGACUAACUGUCGGUCCUCCAACGAGACGAGGUGGAGUGGGCGUGCUGUUCUCAAGCAAAUUCACGGGUCUUCAACCGAACCAAAUCUACAAGGUAUCAGUCAGUGCCUUUAACGACCUCGGUAGCAGUGAUGUUACAACUGUCUUCUUCAAUAUGGCUUCGGAUGAGACGGAAGCUGGAUUACCAUACUUCCUAGUCGGUUUGACUUUGAUUGUUGUGGCAGUUGUUAUGCUUUCUAUAUUUGGUGUUAUAGGGAUCCUGAUGAAGGGAGGGUAUUUAGUAAGAAUCGGGAAGUUCUGUGGACUUAAGUCAGUGUGUUAUUCACGUGAGGAUGAACAACCAGACACAGUGUAUCAGGACUUGGAAAACCUAGGACGAACAGAUGCUAUUGUUAUUGAAAAAAGACUUCGGAAAGCAAGAAAAGGCGAUUGCGAGUCAAAAGCUAAUUUAGGAUUGGUGUCUGGUGUGUACAACUCCAUUGCUUUAAGUAUAGGUAUGUGCUCUGACAAUAUUUAUGACGACAUUCCUGCUGCUGAGUCAGUUCGAUUCUGUUCUUCCGGUUUCGGUUCAGCAGCAGCAGCAGAAGCAAAGGUCACAUUAAGUGUUCCGAAAGCUAAUGUGGAGAAAAAGAAACCACCUAUCCUUAAGAAGCCUCCAAGUCGUAAAUAUAAAGAAUCUGCUGCCGGUCAAGACAAUCUGACCCAGGAACCAAAUCUCGCGGAAACACCGUCCAAUCAGAACACUGAUACACCUGAAAAAGGUUGCCUAUCAGAAAUAAAAGAGGACGUGCUCCCAGAAAAUGUUACUGUACACUGUGAAUACAUGGAGAUGCGGGUUCCACAACCGCCCAAGGAAAACGAAUACGUCGAUGUGCAGAGAACACGGAAAGAGCCUGUAGACCCUUAAAGACGCUAGCUAUUAGGGACUAAUGAUUUAUGAUAUACAAACCCACUCAAUUAACCUUCUAGGGAAGCAUAAGGUGUGGGGACCGCUAAUAACCUUUCAACGAAUUCAACAUGAGAUAUCAUGAUCCUUCUUAAUAUCAAAGCUCUUUUUACUAACUGAAAAUCGGUUGCAACACCAUUCUAAUUAAUCAUUAAUACUCUAUUGCUUGAAUAGCGCCGAAGGUCUAAGGUCAACAUCUCUGAUAUUUACUGAUAUUUGAUUUAUGAUAUUGUUGACACCUGAAACAUUAAAUACAGCUGUUGCAUUCUCAAAA